UCGUCAGGUUUGGAUUUGUUUAGACUACUUCUGUGUGUAGAUUUACUUCACUAUCAAAUGGCUAUUAAUUUGUUUUGUGGCAAAUUAAGUGCCAUCAUGGACGUUGCUGAAUGACAACAUGCUAUGGAAUCAAAGGAACCCAGACUUAGCAGCAGUAGUGUAUUAGACUGGUCUGGCCCACAUGCUGUGGUCAUACAUAGAGCAGAAGGAGGCUUUGGUUUUACAUUGCGCCAUUUUGUGGUCUACCCCCCACAGUCCGUGUAUCCCAGGGAUGAUGAAGAAUGCAACAAAUCUAAUGAUUCCUGUCCAAGAUUGUGUAGAGAGUUGAGCCUAGAGCCACAGGACACAAUAUUUGUCAAGAGUGUGAAAGAAGGAAGUCCUGCAGAGUAUGCAGGACUGAACACAGGAGACCGUAUUAUUGCAGUCAAUGGGGAGUCCAUAGCUGGCAAGUCAUACAAGAAUGUUAUAGCUGCCAUACACCAGAGCAGCCAGACUUUAAAGCUCCUGGUAGUCCCUAAAGAUGAGGAUAUACUACAGAUGGCCUACCAAUCCCAAACAGGGGACUCAAUGUACUCCAGCAGUAGCUCUCUGUCUGACAACUCCAGACUGUCAGCUGUCACACACCAGCAUAGUCAUAGCUCUAGUGACAUAACACAUGGAUUUCUGGACCCCAGCAGUCGCUUCAGCUCAAAUGAAACUCUGUCAUAUGGACGCCAUGAUGUUCGUCAUUCUUUUCCCUCUAGCCAAUGGCCAUCUGAAUCAACAGAUUUCAGCAGCGGGUCUUCACUGAAUGAUCUAAAUUACAGCAGCAUGUCCCAGCCAGCUGAUCAGGCACCUGGCAGGGGUUAUAUCUACCACCAGCCCAGGACACAGACCAUGCUGGUUCAGGAGUCAGGAUCAAGUGUGUCUUCCACUGCACCAGGAAAAUCUAAAUACUCCUUCGGCCUCUAUUUUCCUCCCAAAUCCACAUCCGCAACAACAGGAAGUAGUGGCAGUAGUCGCACAAUAAGUGCGGAGAGUUUAAGCAGGGGUUACGAGGAUUCCUCUGAGCCCCAGACUUUUGAGCUGAGGCAGCCGGUGUACAGCUACAGGAAGACUUCCUUUGAUGAGAGCUCAGCUCUUUCAUCUUCUGCCAAGUCUCGGGAUUUUUUCAUUAAAUAUUCAUCUGACAAAGCUGCCAGUGACCACCGCAACCGCUACUCCCCUAGACACUCUGUUUAUGAAAGAUAUUCAAAUGAAAGUCGUCCAACAUACAUUAUAUCCCGCUCCCAGACUUUAUCUGCCAUCUCACCUACCCAGCCCAGGAGUGCUGGUCCGGCAGAUGAAGCAAAGAAAACAGAAGACAGGUCUCGCCACUACAUCCCUGUCUUCUCCACCACCUCGGACAAGAGGGGGGUCAGUGUCUACACUGGCAACACUGGCAACUACCCCGCCACUCAGAUUGACUCAAGAUCUCAAACUUUAGUUGUACGCAUUCCAUAUGAGCCUAAAAAAGCAGAGGCUGGUCAGAGGUUUGGCACGACCUUUGCCCUGACCCACUCCCCUACAGCCACACACAUUGAGAUCCAGAAAUCCAUUGGCAAGCCUAUAGUCUCACAGCGCAAGUUCCAGUUUGAGUCUGGGAAACAUGAAAACACCCCCCCACCCAGCAAUGGGGGCUACAACAGAUAUAAAACAGAGAUAGAAAAAAUAAGAACUCAGCCCAAGUUUUCUAGUAUUGCUAUGCGUAAAGCAAGCUUUGAACAAUCUCCAGAACGGGAUCCCCCUGGGUUCAAUGACCCUGUAGAUGUGCUGUCACCUGCAGACUACAGUGGAACUGAUGCCUCACAGCCCACUAUCAAGGUUAGAAAGAUUUCUUCAGAAAGAUACACGAGUCAACUCCAGCCAGGGGAUGUAACAGAGAGUAGCCAAUACCAGGAUUCUCUCCCCAUUAAGAUUGUCAUGUCUCCAUGCAGCACCAAGUCCUCCUCUCCUCUGGACGAGGUUUUAUUCCUAGAGGAGAAACAAGGAAGAGAUUGUGUGCAGGAGGUCAAGCCAAGUGACCAGUCCAUGUCCAGCCAUGCCAUGCUCAAGUCUGUAGGCUGUGACCAGUCCAUGACCAGCCACACCAGUGAGAGUACUCUAGCUGACUCUGGGGUGUCCCUCAAAAGUUACCACGGCAGUUCAGACAUGUUGGAUGGAGCCAUUGAAGGAAAUGCUGGGGCCAGCUCUGUCUAUUCAGUAGAGACUAGUUCUGAUGUCGAUCUACCCAGUGUCAGGCUUUCUAAACCCGCACGCAAGAGUUCCUACCUUUCAGCUGUCAAUGCCCCUCAACAACGAAGCACUACAGACUCUCCUGUAGGAACCAGCUUGGUUCAGGUUCAACAACAAUUGCCAGCUCAAUCUUUGCCUUACCCUAGCAACCAGUCUUCCACUAGUUUACAUCCUGCUUCACUUCAGACACGCCCAUUUUCUAUAGGCUCCUCCCACAGUCUAAGCUCUGUAGGCAUUAGCAAUCUUCCUAUAGCAAGUGUUGCACCCACAGUAAUGUCUUCCAGUGAUAGUUGUGUUAUGUUGGGACAGCCAAGUCCAGCCUACUCUAAUGGAAGUAUCUCAGUCACAAUGAGGAAAAAAUUUCCAGAUACUACGGAGGAUCAGGCCAACAAACUGCACAGACGCACAUCGUAUUUGAUGGCUACAGCUAGAGACCGUACAAAUGCCGUCCCAAUAGAAAAAGCUUUCUCGAGCCAGCCCCAGCUUGUAACAGACCACAGGCCUCAAGUUUCUGGUGAAAGCAUAAAGCAUCAAAACUCAGUCAAACUGAACAAGUUUUUUGGUGAAACGAUCCCCACCAUUGCUGAAGGCAUAGAACAAAAGAUCCCUGAACAUGAGGAAGUGCCUGAGGUCAUACGAAAAGGGCCAUUGUCCUGUAAAGUUUCUGUCAUCGAAGGCAAAAAAUGUAGUGAUAGAUCAUGGAAGUCUGUGUAUGCUGUGCUAAAGCAGACAGAGCUAUCUCUCACCCGUGAGUCUAGUUCGUCCUCCAACUACUAUGAAGAGCAGCAUAUACCUAUGAAGUCCUGCAUUGUGGAGUUUGCUAGGGACUAUGCCAAGAAAAAGAAGAAUGUUUUUCGUGUGACUACCCAUCACGAGUGUGAGUAUCUCUUCCAAACAGAAGACAGGGGCACCAUGCUGUGCUGGAUACAAGCCAUCAAGUCUAUCAAUGAACCUGAUAAGGCAGAGAAAAUGGAAGAAAUGAUUGCCUCAGAGAGAGAGAAACAUGUUCCAAUAGAAAUCCUUCCCAGUAGCAAGAUGUCACCACAGCUGGGCCAUAAAGGAAAGAAGUUAUCUGCCCUUUCCUUCAAGGCUAAACUCUCGUCUUCUCCAAGCAUGAGAAGGAAGAAAUCCAACGCCUCCGAGAAAGAUAAAGAGGAAAGUUUGAAGAAAGGUUGGAUAGGAAGAAUUCCAAUGAUGAAAAGUUUGAAGAAGCACAAUGAAGAAUCCAGCUUGAGUUCUCUGAGUGAGCAGGACAUUGACAAAAUGCAGUUUGGUGUACACCUUGAGGACUGCUUCCCCUCUCCACACAAUGAGUAUGUCCCGCUGAUUGUUGAACUGUGUACAAGGAUUGUUGAAGCCCGAGGCCUGGAGGUGGUGGGUGUCUAUCGUGUGCCAGGAAACUCGGCUGCUGUCAAUGCCUUGACUGAGGAGUUUAAUCGUGGCAUUGACAGUGUCAACAUUGACAAUGAGAAAUUGCUGGACAUUAAUGUGAUCAGCAGCCUUUUGAAAUCUUUCUUCAGGAAACUACCAGAGCCACUGAUUCCCCCAGACAUGUAUGAUGCUUUCAUCGAAGCUAAUCGCCAUCCUGAUGAAGACAAAAGAAAACUAAAAAUAAAACGACUUCUUCAUUUGCUGCCACCACAUAACAACGAGACCCUUAAGCAUAUGGCAGAACAUUUGAAUAAAGUCGCUUCAUAUGGAAACAUUAAUAAAAUGGAUGCUAAAAAUUUGGCUAUAAUGUUUGGUCCAACACUAGUACGAAAGAAAGGUGAUGAUACUGUCUCCUUGGUAACAGAUAUGUCAGACCAGUGUCGUAUAGUGGAAAGUAUCAUUCUCCAUCACGAGUGGUUCUUCAGUACCUGGGACCAGGAUAACUAUAUCCCCAUGGAGACUACUGUUGAGACUGUUAAUGUGGAGGAUGGGCAAACACUUUCUCGAGACGACGAUGAAGAAGCUGACUCUGCCAUUAGUGCCAAGCAAAUCAUUUCUUCCAUUGUGGGUGCAGCCAGUAAAAAGCUGCGCAGCCAACAGGGCAAGAGCAACGACUCUCUGGACACAACAGACAGCUGCAGCAUUACCAGCUCUGCCACCUACAACAUUGAUGACUCAUCCUAUCUGGCCUUCACCAAAUCUCUUUCAUCCAUUGCCUCCUCCCGCAGUGCAUCAGAGGAGUUUUUGGAGCGUAAAUCAGCAGUUCCUGGUUACUUGGAACUGCACAGCACAGCACCUAUAGCCAACUCUGAGCCUGACUUGAUGGAGUUGGAGUAUGCUGACGCAGGGAGCCCCAGUUUUCCCAGACAUUUUUCCCAUGAUUCUCUAGUGGACAAAAAUGAUGAGCUGGAAAUUUCUCAUGGACUGCCCACUAGCCUGAGUCGUGAUGCCAUACACAACACUCUGAAGAGAAUAGGCAAUGAUGUCAGCGCUCUGUUGCACACGUUUGAACAAAAACAGCUAAAGGAGAGGGAGAGGAGGCGGAGGGAUCAGGAGCUGAUAGAGCGUGAGCACCUGCGCACACAGCUGGAGCUGGAGCUGGAGGACAGCCACAGUGUGGACGACUGGCUGGCCUGGAAGGGGGGGGCCUCGCGCAUGCCUGACCUGGUCUCCAGCUCUUAUCUGGGCCAAACUUACCCUUAUGAGGAGGGCCGCAGUGGUGAGAGGAAAGAUGGCUCAAAAGCCACGUCAGCUGGUCAAGUGUCGCCAGUUGUUGUGACAAUAAAUGACAAGACGGUGCAGCAGAUGCCCAGAGUGGGCUCACACGAGGAUGUCUUGUCCACAUCAAAAACUGCCAGAUCUGAGGCCUUGAGGUCUGUUGUGCUGCGACCACUCAACCAGCGCACACUUAAUGAAAGCCAACAGCGCAGCCUGCACCUGGCUGUCUCAGGUGACAGGCCUUCAACACGCCCACCCUCCCUGCGCUACAGCAGGCGCCAUGGCUCCUUGGACUCUCUGAUUGACAUGAUAGACAAACAAGACAAGCGAGCCUCGUGGGCGUCCUCUGACUCUGAGGAUGGCUCGGACCUGCUGACCAGCAUCACAACUACAUUUGACCAGAAGCUGCAGAUUCUCCUCAACCCCAAGUACAAGCUGACUGGGGCCAGCAGGAAGGUGGCCAGGGCCAGCGAGGAGGUGGCCAGGGCUGAGCAGUUGAGGGCCAAGUCUAGUCUCCCUCCCCCAGCCUACACAGUGGCCGCCCUGCUGGAUGGGGACAGGUCCUUCAGGGACCCCAGUCUGCACCGGUCAGCCAAGUCAGACCCCAAGAUUGGGAUCGCCUCCCGCUUUGAGAGAAAUGAUUCUGGCACAAGAGGCCAGGACAGCAGCAUCCAGCAGAGGCCAAGUCAGCUGCCAGACUUCAGGUCUUUUCUCAGCAAGUCUCACUCAGCCUAUGUGCGGCCCAUAGUUCUAACUGCACCUAAAAAACUUGAUACCAGCGCUGCUAAAAGCUCUAGAACAGAGCACAGGGCGGCGGGGAAGUCAGGGAAGGGAGGUGAGAGCUUUUAUCUAGGGGACACUGCUGAGUCCAGGCAAAGCAAUAAGGAGAAUAGAAAGGUGACCAGUCGCAGGAGGCGCCACACUGUGGGGGGCACUGAAGACUUGGAUCAUCUCUUUGCCCUCUCCAAGGCCUGCGCUGCCGAUACUGCAGGCAGGCAGAGACUGUCAGCCUGGGACCAGCUGCAACCUGUUGUUGCCCCUGGCAACAGGAACCUGCAAGCAUGGAUUAACAAUGAGAGGCUAAGGGGGAGCACUCCUGACCUUUCUAAACAAUGAGACACUAAGGGAAAGCACCCCUGACCUUUCUAAACAAUGAGACACUAAGGGAAAGCACCCCUGACUUAUCUAAACUGUGAAGGAUUUUAUGCAAAUGUCACAUAGGCUGACGGUUUUUAUUUCCAUGUGUGGGACUUGUGUUGAUGUAGAUAGUUUUUUUUCAUUUACUGGCACUGUUUACUUGUUCUUUACAUUAUAUACUUGUUAUAUACUAGUGGGUGGCUGUAGUACAUGUGUUGGUUCACAAUUACAUAUAUUUAUAUGUAUAUAAAUAUAUUAUAUAUAAUCUAACAAAUACAAAAUUGUUGACUUUUGUACCAGACUGUACUCAAGGAAAAUUUUAUCUGUAGAUUUGUUACUUGAAUUGUUUUGUUGGUGUGAUUGUAUCUUUAGAUUUGUUACUUGAAUUGUUUUGUUGAUGUGAUUGUAUCUUUAGAUUUGUUACUUGAAUUGUUUUGUUGGUGUGAUUGUAUCUUUAGAUUUGUUACUUGAAUUGUUUUGUUGGUGUGAUUGUAUCUUUAGAUUUGUUACUUGAAUUGUUUUGUUGGUGUGAUUGUAUCUUUAGAUUUGUUACUUGAAUUGUUUUGUUGGUGUGAUUGUAUCUUUAGAUUUGUUACUUGAAUUGUUUUGUUGGUGUGAUUGUAUCUUUAGAUUUGUUACUUGAAUUGUUUUGUUGGUGUGAUUGUAUCUUUAGAUUUGUUACUUGAAUUGUUUUGUUGGUGUGAUUGUAUCUUUAGAUUUGUUACUUGAAUUGUUUUGUUGGUGUGAUUGUAUCUUUAGAUUUGUUACUUGAAUUGUUUUGUUGGUGUGAUUGUAUCUUUAGAUUUGUUACUUGAAUUGUUUUGUUGGUGUGAUUGUAUCUUUAGAUUUGUUACUUGAAUUGUUUUGUUGGUGUGAUUGUAUCUUUAGAUUUGUUACUUGAAUUGUUUUGUUGGUGUGAUUGUAUCUUUAGAUUUGUUACUUGAAUUGUUUUGUUGAUGUGAUUGUAUCUUUAGAUUUGUUACUUGAAUUGUUUUCUUGGUGUGAUUGUAUCUUUAGAUUUGUUACUUGAAUUGUUUUCUUGGUGUGAUUGUAUCUUUAGAUUUGUUACUUGAAUUGUUUUGUUGAUGUGAUUGUAUCUUUAGAUUUGUUACUUGAAUUGUUUUGUUGAUGUGAUUGUAUCUUUAGAUUUGUUACUUGAAUUGUUUUGUUGGUGUGAUUGUAUCUUUAGAUUUGUUACUUGAAUUGUUUGGUUGGUGUAUCUUUAUAUUUGUUAUUUAACAAGUAAUUCUUGUGUUGGAUUGAGCAACCCAUCAUCAUCAAGCUAGUGUUGUGUGCCACCCCAAGCACCUCUAGGGCUAUGUGCUGAUCCAGUACUAUGGAUGUAGAACUUGUAAGGGAUGUUACCCAUGUGUGCAGUUGUCUGACUUGCCUCCUCUCUUUGUAAUGAUGUACAAAACUUGUGUAGAGAAGAAAUUCUAUCUGAUGCUAUGUUGUGUUAGUGCAAUACAGACUACAUAUAUACCUGCUGUUUUUUUAACACUGAGAGCAUACAUUUUAUUUCUAUACAUAAUAAACAUUGCUUUUGUAUGUGAUUAUUUUAUGUAAAUAAUAUGAUAAAUGAACUCUAGAUCAAAGAUUGGUAGAUCUAGUCAAAUAGUUUCUAUCCUUGUGAAUAUGAAUGACAAAUAUUUUACCAAUAUGUAUCUUACAGGAGUGGACUCUUUGCUUAAAAGUCACAAUAAAAUCAUUUUUAUUGAAAACAA